UUCGUUCAAUCGCCUCUUCGAAUAACGCACAUAUCUAGACUCGCUUGAGACUUUCGGGCGUCCAGUUUCGGUUCUGUCAACAAGAUGUUACGCAAAAUACUGCGUACAAUUUUCAAACGCGAUAAACGAAUUUCAGGAGCUACACACAAUUUUUGAGAGAUGUGGCAAUUUCUUUUAUACCUACGGUUAGAUUGAAUUCAUCGAAUAAUUCAAUCUUAUUAAAAAGUAACGAAUCUGGACGUAUAGUCAUAAGGGAAAAAGUUUCCCGAUGACGUACUAUACGUGAAGAAAGAACGGGCGAUAAUUUAUUCUGUCUAGAAAGUUUGCCCGGUAGUUGUUUCCAUAAUGAUCAUUGUUCGUCGUAUAGUUGCUAAUGCAAUACAGUUCGAUUUUUCGGUGGAUGCACAGAUUGUUCAGCGAACGAUCAAGUUAGAAAAAUCGAAAAUUAAAUCAAUAGAAACGAUAAUCGAUAGGGAUAUUUAUCGAAGCCAUUAUUUCAAACUGUAUCGAUUCUCGAUUGUUCAUAUAAGUUCAGUCAGUAUACUUUUUGCACCGCGUCCCAUCCUUACGCAAAAAGUAGUCGGGUCAUUUUUCGACGUAGUUCGGGAACUAUUGUGUGCCGAUAUUUAACAGUGGCGUGAUCAAAUAGGACACAGUGAGUUAGAUAAUGCACUUUCGAUAUGAAACGUUACGUGCAUCGCACCCACUUGCUCCCAAACUUGUGUCCUUCCAACGGCAUCUACUAUAUUUACGGUGCCAGCAGCCAGAAAUGCAUUUUCGAGCUCGUUCGUUUCGAGAAGCCUGACGACAAGAUAGAAAUUGUACUGCCGUCAGAGCGUCCUCUACCAACUUCAGUUAUUCCGGGAAUAAUCCGAAUAAUCAUUGAGCUGCGGUGUAAGCUGUGUGACAGUGAUCGGUUCGAGAGAGAUCCAAAACUGGUGGUUUCGUGUCAUGAAUUUGUUUGGAAAAGGGAGAUAAACUCUGUGAUUUACUAUUAUUCUCUCUGUUAAUAUAAGACCGUAACAGAGAGAAACUCUCUGACCGUAAUAACCCAUUUUGAAUUUCUCUCGGAUCGCUGUCGCAACUACUUCUUCCUAUAGCAGUUCACACUCCAGUUAAAAUAGAGCUCGACAGGAAUAAUACACAAAAGAAUGAAAAUUGCACGAAUUCUAAAUUGUAGAUCGUAUCGAUAUUAUUAGAUGAAUGCACAACUGCCCGUUCAAAUUUUAUUGAACAUAAAACUUGUGGGUCGUUAAAAUAUCCACGAGAAGAUAUAUAUGUUUAUAUAUAUGUUAUAAUUGUGUAAUUGUAUGCUGUGCGAUUACAGUGCGCAGCACAUGUAACGCGAUAGUAAAUGUAAUGAAUAUAAUUUAUAUACAUGUAUAUAUUUGAAAAGUAGAA